GGGGCGGGGUUGGCGCCUAGAACGUAGGUUACGUCACGUAAAACAAGGAGCCUUUUUUUCCCUCCUCUUCUUCUUCUUGUCUGCCGUGGUGUGAGAAGCACACGCUCUGAGACAUGCCGCGACCAGGAAUGGAGGAACACUGGAGUUCAUCAGAUGAUGCAGGACAUGAACCCAAAGAACCUGAACAAUUAAGAAAGCUGUUUAUUGGAGGCUUGAGUUUUGAGACCACUGAUGACAGCCUGAGGGAACACUUUGAGCAAUGGGGAAAGCUCACAGACUGUGUGGUCAUGAGAGACCCACAGACAAAGCGUUCCAGGGGUUUUGGUUUUGUCACCUACUCGUGUGUAGAAGAAGUUGAUGCUGCCAUGUCUGCUAGACCACACAAAGUUGACGGCCGUGUUGUUGAACCCAAAAGAGCAGUUUCCAGAGAAGAUUCUGUCCGACCUGGGGCACAUCUCACUGUAAAGAAGAUAUUUGUGGGUGGAAUAAAAGAAGACACUGAAGAAUACCAUUUACGGGACUAUUUUGAGACCUAUGGGAAAAUUGAAACAAUUGAAGUUAUGGAAGAUCGUCAGAGUGGGAAAAAGCGUGGCUUUGCCUUUGUUACAUUUGAUGACCAUGACACAGUUGAUAAGAUUGUUGUCCAGAAAUACCAUACCAUCAAUGGCCACAACUGUGAAGUGAAGAAAGCCCUUUCAAAGCAGGAGAUGCAAACGGCUAGUUCCCAGAGAGGCCGUGGAGGUGGAGGAGGAAGCAAUUUCAUGGGUAGAGGUGGAAACUAUGGAAGCGGUGGAGGAAACUUUGGAAGAGGAGGAGGAGGAGGUGGCGGUGGUGGUGGUGGUGGCAGCGGCGGCUUCGGAAACAGAGGUGGAUAUGGUGGAGGCAGAGGUGGUUAUGGCGGUGGUGGCGAUGGAUACAAUGGAUUUGGUGGAGACAGUGGUGGAAAUUAUGGUGGGGGUCCUGGUUAUGGCGGCAGAGGUUAUGGUGGUAGCCCGGGUUAUGGAAACCAAGGUGGUGGAUAUGGCGGUGGCAGUGGUGGUGGUGGUGGAUAUGAUGGCUACAAUGAAGGCGGAAACUUUGGUGGUAACUAUAAUGACUUUGGCAACUAUGGUGGUCAGCAACAGUCUAGUUACGGUCCCAUGAAGGGAAGUGGCAGCUUCAGUGGAAGAAGCUCUGGAAGUGGCAGCGGCCCCUAUGGUGGUGGCUAUGGAUCUGGUGGUGGAGGAGGAAGUGGCGGUGGCGGCGGUGGAAACUACGGAAGCCGAAGGUUUUGAUUCUACAACAGAAAAAAAGGCUACAGUUCUUAGCAAGAGAGCGAGGAGUUGUCAGGAAAGCUGCAGGUUACUUUGAGACAGUCGUCCAUGUGCAUUAGAGGAACUAUAAAAUCUACUACAGGAGCAGCGAUGAUCCAUAGUCAGAAAAGUUACCGCAGCUUAUACAGGAGGCAUUUCUUGUUCAGGACUGUAAUAGCCUCAGUUUGUAAGCAGUGCAGCUGGUGAUUAAUGCAAUGUAGUGUUGAAUAGAUGUACAUUCCUGAGGUCUUUUUUUUUUUUUUUAUCUGUUGUAGUUUGUCUCCCGUUCCUCCCCAUUACAUCAGGUAUACUGCCCUGUAAAUUGUGCUAGUGAUAGCAGGAAUAAAGAAUUGAGAAACUUUUAAAUUUAAAAAUAAUCAUGUAGUUCAGUGUUUCCUCGCUUAAAUGGGCAAAAAGUAUUGCUCAACCUCAAUAAACAUGCUUUUUUUUUUUA